AUGCAUCUGGUUAAGCCGUCGUGGCUCGUCCAUUCAGAUGAACACCGUUCGUACGAAAUAUACUCUGUUCAUGUGAACCCCGACGGUACCCGUCUGGCCUCUGGCGGUCUCGACGGCAAGGUCCGAAUCUGGUCUACGGAAUCAAUCUACAAUUCGGCUCCUGGUCCUGAGCAAUCACCAAAAACACCACUUGCUGAUAAACAUCAACUAUGUUCAAUGUCAACACACACUGGUGCAGUAACCGUUGUUCGGUUCUCACCUUGUGGAAGGUAUUUGGCCUCUGGGUCCGAUGACCGUGUGGUUUUAAUUUGGGAACGUGAUGAAACUCGUUCUGGAGCUGCUGCUGCUGUUGAGUUUGGUCAAUCGGCAUCUGGAAACUCUUCAUUUGACCCACCCAAUAGUGAAACAUGGGUUGCACGUAAACGACUUAUAGGUCACGAUAAUGAUGUUCAAGAUUUGGCCUGGGCCCCUGAUUCAAGUAUUUUGGUCACUGUGGGACUUGAUUCUGGUGUAAUUAUAUGGAGUGGUACAACUUUUGAGAAACUAAAACGAUUUGAUUCCCAUCAAUCCCAUGUAAAGGGCGUUUCCUUCGACCCAGCAAAUAAAUACUUUGCAACUGCAUCUGACGAUAGAUCUGUUAAAAUUAUAAGAUACCAUCAUGACGCUCAAUCUGGCGAAGUCAUGUUUUCAAUCGAAGCUACUAUUGCUGCACCUUUUAGAGGAUCCCCACUGUCUACAUAUUACCGGCGAUGCUCGUGGUCUCCAGAUGGUAAUCACAUUGCAGCUGCAAAUGCUACCAAUGGUCCUGUGACAACUGUCACCAUUAUUAAUAGAGGAACAUGGGACAGUGAUAUUAGUCUUGUGGGUCAUGAUGCCCCCUGCGAAGUGGCAUCGUUUUGUCCACGUAUAUUUUCUCUUGAAAAAAUUGACUUGGAAAAGAAAAAGAAAACAGAUGAUGAUGAUGAUGGAGAAUCACAAUCCCAACAAUUUGCAAAUUUAAUCACUGUUAUUGCGACUGCUGGUCAAGAUAAAACUUUAGCCAUUUGGAAUACCUCUAAUCCACGGCCACUCUUAGUUGCACGUAAUGUUGCUGAAAAGUCUAUUACCGAUAUCGCGUGGUCUGCCGACGGGUCAAAGUUGUUUGCAUCUUCACUUGAUGGUACCAUUCUUGUGGCAAUGUUUGAUCCUGGCGAGCUUGGCUGGACCAUGCCGCUCGAGGAAAAUGCUGUCCAACUCACUCGCUAUGGUGGUGGCAAAGAGGCUCUACAGAUUCCAAGUUCCACUGGAAUGCUUGCGCUAGAAGAGGCUGGUGAUGAAAAGAAAAAGGAUUCCAUUUUGGAUAGUAUUAUGGGAUCUAACCCAUCUAAUACUUCAAACUCUUUUGAUACCAAUAAUGAACCAGAAACUAUUACUAAAAAAAAGGACACAAAGGAAGAUCAACCCAAAGAAGUCAAACAAGAACAACCACCGGCCCCUGCACCACCCCCUAAACCUGUCUUGCAGCAAAAGGUUACCAUUACCAAAGACGGUAAAAAACGUAUAGCCCCGAUGUUGAUUUCGAGUGCGUCCUCAGUAAGCACCCGUGCACCUCCACAGCGCGCCUCCGCACACACAUCCAGCAAUACUCGGGGUGUUCCUGGAGUUGUAGACUAUGCUCCACCGUCCAAUGCGCUUCCUCAGGGUGGCAUUUCGUCGUUACUUAUUGGAACCAAACGACGGAUCGACGUUCUGGAAGAAUCCGGAGGUGACGGAUCAACCGGUGCAACCAAUGGGUCAUCAUCCGCAAAUACAAACGGAUCUGCAGCAGGAACAUCUUCAACAACGACCAAUGGCACUGGUGGCCAUGCAGCCACAGGUGCAAACUCACACAUUACUAAAAAACAACGACCAUACACGGAAAUUACGUAUGUCCGGCCACCACUACUUUCUGCAGCCUCAGCAAUUGCCCAAGUCCGACUGGCAGUGCCUAAGGUGCGCACAGUAUUUGCACGACGGUCAGUUCUUGACAGUGGCAAUAGUAGUAGUAGUAGUAGUAAUAGUAGUAGCAGCAGCAGCAACAGCAACAGCAACAGCAACAGCAACAGCAACAGCAACAGCAACAGCAACAGCAGCAGCAACAGCAGCAGCAACAGCAAUAACAAUGGCAGCACUAGUAGUGGCAACACUACCGAUCAAGGGACAUUAUCAAACUCAGACUCUGUAUUUGUGCUUGAGGCACGCAAUAGUAGUGCUGGCAAGGGAGGCGAACAAAUUACCACGGCAAAAAUUACAGUAACACGAGAAGGCGCGGCAGCAUCUUCCGUAGCUGGAAAUAUCACAGCAGCUGCAUCAACAACAUCUACUAACGGAUCAAGCACAAAUGUGUCUGCCGGGUCCACUGCUGGUGGAAAUACAUCUACAGGCCCCAUCUUUACCGACUAUUUGCCCCGCUAUGCACAAUUGGCAGCUGGAGGUGCAGACACUUUUUGGGCUGUAGCCACUGAGGACGGGUGCAUCUACGUUUAUUCGCCACACGGCCGACGGCUGUUCCCCGCGCUAGUUCUAGGCGCCCCUCUUGCGUUUAUGGAAAGCUCUGGUACUCACCUGCUCGCCAUUACAGCUGUAGGACUUGUUCACGUAUGGGACGUGAGUACACGGCGCGCAGUCCUGGCCGGUGUGUCGCUGGCACCCGUACUCGACGCCGGAAGUCGUUGUGCCGACGAUGGAGUGGUGCGUGGGCCCAAGGUUGUGCGUGCUACUGUGUCACCAACAGGAGCCGUGGCUGUGACACUGUCAAAUGGAGACUCGCACAUGUAUGACGAUGCUAUGAAGACAUGGACGCGUGUGGCGGACUCGUGGUGGGCAUCCGGGUCACAGUAUUGGGACACGACAAGUGCAGAGGGCUCAUUGGGAGGAUCUACUACGCGUGAGGUUGGCAUUGUGAGCUUAUUGGAGAGCCGGACAAGUGCAGAGCUGCAGAUUGGGGCGUUAACAGGAGGUGGCAAUUUAAACAGCACGAACGCGGCGGCUACUGCCAACCGAGCCCGCGUGCAGCUACUACAGCGGCUGGUGCGCGGGCGCAUGGUCAAGGACGGUUACGAACACUUUGAACGGUUUGUAUCUGCGGCACAUUUGGAAACUCGGGUUGCAGCUGCGCUGGCAGCGCACUCGUUGCGUGAGUAUAGUGUUUAUGUGCGCAUGUACGCGCAACGACUUGCAGCCGAUGGCGAGGCUGGUAAGCUUGAGGAAGUAUUGGGGGAGUUGUAUGCACGAAGCCGUGGUCAGGGUGAAGAUGGAGAAAAGUUGUUGAAAGAGGUUGUGGUUGCUGUGGGCGGGUAUCGGUCUGUUCAGCGAGUUGUUGCCAAAUACGCAGUGGCCAGUGGGGUUAUUGAUGAUUUGGAUGGGUUAUAA